AUGGCCGAAGGACUCAAUCUCGGUCAGUUCGACGCGCUUGAUGACGGGAGUAUGGCCCGCUUCAUGUUGUUCGUAUGGAAUCGGUCAGCGUUCAACAAGGAAGAAGCCGCAGUGGCCACCACGCACUUCAAGAGCUGGAUCGGCAACAACACCGCGCCAAAAGUGUAUUCUACGGCCAAGUAUCCGGACCCGCGCAAGGUGAAAGGGAGGGGUAAAGUCAAUCAGCCGGCUCUAGAGUCAGCAGCCACGGCAGCAAGCACCCGCGAACAUGCCGAAAGUGGACGCGCGCGUGAUGUCGCUAGUCCUGCUGCUGCUGCUGCUGAUGAUCCAUCUACUCCCUUUCAUUCGAUCGAACGCCCACGCGCGAGCCGCGACUUGGAUUCCCCAUACAUCACCCCAGUCGAGCCAUUCGCCACGACAUCCGACACCGCAAUGCCUCCGCCAGGCCCUUCCACAGGGACGGUCAUGUACCCUCCUUCGCUUCCUAAGGAUCAAAGCGGAGCCUGA